UCCUCCCGCUCCCGGGGCAUUGUGGGACAGUGGCGGAGGGAGCCGGGCGCCAGAGGCCCUGAGACAGACUGCGGAGCCGGGAAAUCCAGUCUCUUCGGGGAACGCUGCGACUGAGGAAGUGGGUUUCGGCCUCCGUCGGCCGCUGCUCAAUUCUGUGGCCUGUUCGGGUUGCGGAGGAGGACGUUUUCCUUGUCCGCGGACGCGGGCUUGUCUGGAGAAGUCGGGGCGACUUCCCCCUUGCUCCCCCCAUCCCCAGUCCCUGCCCCCGGAGGUGCUUUGCGCGGGCCCUCGCGACCGGCCUCAUAGCACCGCCAUCGAACGAGCGCGCCCACCUUUCCGCGGACCCUCGAAGCCCCCGCGCAGAUUUGCGAACCCCGAAAUCAGCGGGACUCGGCGCGCGGGGGGGCCCCCGACCUGAGGGCGCGUGCGCGGGCCCGUGAGCCUCGGUCCAGGCGCCUGCGCGCGACCCCAGCGCCACCCCCGCCCCACGCACCCGGCCCCGCGACAGGGCCGGAGCCGCCGGCGGCGGGGCGAGGGGGGCGCCCCGAUGAGCCCCGAGUGCGAGGAGCCGCCGCCCCCCCGCGCAGGGCGCCAUGUUUUGGAAGUUUGACCUGCACACAAGCUCGCACCUAGACACACUGCUGGAGCGGGAGGACCUGAGCCUGCCCGAGCUGCUGGAUGAGGAGGACGUGCUGCAGGAGUGCAAGGUCGUCAACCGCAAGCUGCUGGACUUCUUGCUGCAACCACCCCACCUGCAGGCCAUGGUGGCCUGGGUCACCCAGGAGCCACCAGCCAGUGGCGAGGAACGGCUGCGCUACAAGUACCCCAGUGUGGCCUGUGAGAUCCUGACCUCUGAUGUGCCCCAGAUCAAUGAUGCCCUGGGAGCAGAUGAGUCCCUCCUAAACCGACUCUACGGCUUCCUGCAGAGCAGUGGCAGCCUCAACCCACUGCUUGCCAGCUUUUUCAGCAAGGUCAUGGGUAUCCUCAUCAACCGCAAGACAGACCAGCUUGUGUCCUUCCUGCGCAAGAAGGAUGACUUUGUGGACCUGCUACUGCGGCACAUAGGCACCUCAGCUAUCAUGGACCUUCUUCUGCGCCUGCUCACCUGCGUGGAGCGGCCCCAGCUGCGGCAGGACGUUUUCAAUUGGCUCAAUGAGGAGAAGAUUGUCCAGCGACUCAUUGAGCAGAUCCACCCAUCGAAGGAUGACAAUCAACAUUCCAAUGCAUCUCAGUCCCUGUGCGACAUCAUCCGACUGAGCCGGGAGCAGAUGAUCCAAGGCCAGGAGAGCCCGGAGCCAGACCAGCUGUUGGCCACCCUGGAGAAGCAGGAGACCAUCGAGCAGCUCCUGAGCAACAUGUUUGAGGGGGAACAGAGUCAGUCUGUCAUCGUCAGUGGGAUCCAGGUACUGCUGACCCUACUGGAGCCCAGGAGGCCAAGGUCUGAGUCCGUGACCAUGAACAACUUCUUCAGCAGUGCGGAUGGGCAGCUGGAACUCCUGGCACAGGGGGCCCUGGAUAGUGUGGUGUCCAGCACAGGUGCCCUGCACGCCCUGCGCCCACGGCUUGGCCACUUUCACCAACUCCUGCUCGAGCCUCCCAAGCUGGAGCCCCUGCAGAUGACAUGGGGCAGCCUGGCCCCACCCCUGGGCAACAUGAGGCUGCACGUGGUCAAACUCCUGGCCAGUGCCCUGAGUGCCAAUGAUGCCACCCUAACGCAGGAGCUCCUAGUGCUGGACGUGCCCAACACCUUGCUGGACCUUUUCUUCCACUACGUCUUCAACAACUUCCUGCAUGCUCAAGUGGAGUUGUGUGUGAGUGCCAUGCUGAGCUCAGGGUUCUCUUCUGACAGCAGCUUUGAGACACCUGUCCCGAACCCUGUCGUGAAACAUUUGCUGCAGCAUUGCCGCCUAGUGGAGCGGAUCCUGACAUCCUGGGAGGAGAAUGACCGCAUGCAGUCUGGGGGGGGCCCAAGGAAGGGCUACAUGGGUCACCUGACACGAGUGGCCAACGCCUUGGUGCAGAACACAGAGCAGGGACCCAACGCUGAGCAGCUGGAACAGCUGCUGAAGGAGCUGCCGGCUGAGCAGCACGAGCGGUGGGAGGCAUUUGUGUCAGGACCCCUGGCUGAGACCAACAAGAAGAACACCGUGGAUCUGGUGAACACCCACCACCUGCACUCCUCCAGUGAUGAUGAAGAUGACCGGCUGAAGGAGUUCAACUUCCCUGAGGAAGCUGUGCUACAACAGGCCUUCAUGGACUUCCAGAUGCAACGCAUGACCUCUGCCUUCAUUGACCACUUUGGCUUUAAUGAUGAAGAAUUUGGGGAGCAGGAGGAAAGUGUGAAUGCACCAUUUGACAAGACGGCCAACAUCACCUUCUCCCUCAAUGCUGAUGAUGAGAAUCCCAAUGCCAACCUGCUCGAGAUAUGCUAUAAGGAUCGCAUCCAGCAGUUUGAUGAUGAUGAGGAAGAUGAGGAGGAGGAGGGCCAGGGCUCAGCGGAGUCAGAUGGAGAAUACGGUGCUUGGCAGGGUAGCCAGCCAGUGAGGGCAGUCCGCACAGGCCAGCCCCCUGGUGUCCGGAGUGCAGGCAGCACGGACAGCGAGGAUGAUGAGGAGGACGAGGAAGAAGAUGAUGAAGAGGAAGGGGAUGGCCGGGCAGCCAGUGUGGGGGCUGGCCUUCCCUUCUGCUCCAGCCCCAGCCCUCAGCCUCCUGGCCCAAACUGGAGAGCCGACUUCAACACAGUGCCUAUGGACAACCCGAUGGGUCCUCGAGUCUCCAAGGAGGAGAAGCUGCAAUCUGGGCCUGCAGCCCCGACUAGGCCCCUCAACACACCCCCUGACCAGACCCCGGUCAGCCCUCCAGCCCACAAUGCCCUGCAGCUCAGGUCUCAGGAUGCCACUUCCCCCUCAGCACCUCAGGAAGCCACAGAUAGCAGCAAAUUAGCAGAGUCCUUGGCCCCCUGCCAGGCCUUGGUUAGUGUCGAGAACCUCCAGGCCACCUUGCAUGGGAUGCGCUCCGCCCCCAGCUCCUUGGACAGUGCAACCAGAGACCCCGCUACCUCUGUCCCAGCCUCCGGGGCCCAGCAGCCCCCCCAGACUAUGGAGGGGCAAAAGAGCCCAGAGCCCUUGGGGCUUCCCGAAAGCCAGAGUGCCCAGGCCAGUGAGUCUGCUCCAAUGCCCAAUGGCUCUGCUCCAGGAGGUCCUGUCUUCCCGGGCUCCCAGUAGCUGCCUGGGGGCAGCAGUGGCUAAAUCCUCUGUCCUCCCCAUGGACCCCCGGGUGAGGCAGGUUGGGUCCUUGAUUGCCCCCUGCUCCCCUCACCCUGUCCCCACAUUGUCUCCUCUGGACUGCCAGGAGGCUGGUGCCAGGGAGACAGGCCCCAUUCACCCACCCCAUUUGCACUGAGAAGAGAAAUUACGGAGCUUUGCCUCCUAGAAUAAAGAUAGAGAGUCACAUAGAGAGAAAGGAGAGAGAACCGUAUAUUAUAUAUUAUAUAUAUAUUGAGGGAGAAGAGUGAGAAAGGAAGCAAGGAUGCUGUACUGGGCCAAUGACUCCGAAGCACAAUCUCCCUGGCUGUCCCAGUGGGGAUUGGCACUGGAGGUCUCGAGGCUACUGCCUGUGUACCCAUCCCAUGCUCCAUGCUCUGGUGCAGACGCCCACGCCUGGCCUUUCAGCUCAGGUCCACCUUGGGGGGCAGCUGGUGAGGGCGUCAGGGCUCAAGUGAGGCCGUGCCUUUGCCCACAUCCUGCACUUUGACCCAGGCACCUGGCCCUGGGGGAGCGGGGCCUCCCUGGCAACAUCCCCAGGCCUUGAAUUGGGUUGGCUGGGCCCCCUGUGCCCUAAGGGCCUGGGGUCCCAGCCCUGCUGCCAAGUGGCCUUGUCCCAGCUCCCUCCCCCAGGCUGGCUGAGUGUGUGUGUGUUCGUCUGAGCUUCUAUUUCAUAUUGCAAAUAUAAAUAAAGGAAGA